AUGGCCGCUGGUGCUUAUCUCGCCAAGGCAUCCAUCGCUUCCACCGCCCGGCUGCAUACGCUGAUAGCUCCCAGUUCCGUCAAAGUCUUAACUCCGUUCGCUACGCUUUCCCACCGCCCUAGUUUUGCGCAAGCUAAGCCGCUUCUCACGUCCUCCUUCCGCCCGCUCUCUCAGCAGCUUAGGCCCAGGCCUUUAACCCGUCUUGCGAAAUUCCCGCUAGUAUCACGUGUAACAAUGUCGACAGCUGCGGGCGAAGCAGCUGAUCGGCCUGUGCCUGUAGAGGAUGGUGACUAUGAGUGGGAUUUAGUCACCAUCGGCGUCGGCAGCGGCGGAACCAGGGCUUCGAGAAUCGCCGCGUCGUUCGGCGCCAAGGUGGCCGCUAUCGAGCUGCCGUUCAACCCGAUCAGUUCGGAGACGCAAGGAGGCGUCGGGGGGACGUGCGUGCUGCGAGGGUGCGUGCCCAAGAAGAUCCUCGUGUACGGUUCAGCCUUCAGCUCCGAGUUCGAGGUAACCCCGUUCUUUCGCAGCGAUGUGGCUGUGCCACUCGUUGCAGUGCGAGUGCAGUGCUGCCUCUCUGACAGGUGCGACGCAGCUGGCUUCGGGUGGAGCAUCCCAGGCACGCCCACCUUCGACUGGAAGCACCUCAUUGCCAACAAGACCCGUGAGAUUGAGCGCCUCAACGGGGUGUACAAGCGCAUUCUCAGCAACGCUGGUGUGACGCUGGUGGAGGGGCGCGGCAAACUUCUGGGGCCGCACGAAGUGGAGGUGACAGACCCUAGUAGUGGCAUCGUGACGCGGAUGACCGCCAAGCACAUCCUCAUUGCCGUGGGAGGGCGACCCCAUUUGAUUGACAUUCCUGGCAAGAGCCUCCCCUUGUCCACACGAACAUUACAGGCUGAUUCCUGGUUGAUGAGUCUGUCACCCUUCACUAAAUUCGCUUAUUCUUGUUUCCUCCAUCCCUCCAACUCUUCUCCCCAACUUCUACCACUUCAUCCCCGUCCCUCCUCCCCUCUCUUCCCCCCUUUCCCCCUCUCCCCCUCCCCCCUCCCCCCCUCCACUUCCCCUCCACCACCACCAAUCUCGCCCAUGACAUUGCAGGGUGUUUUUGAGAAUUCUCAAAAGCACCCCACCACCACCAAUCUCUCCCAUGGCAAGGCUCGCUAUCACAUCAGACAGAGGCUCUCAGCCUGGCAGAGUUACUGCUGCUUUGAAUUCACCCUUUUUUCUUCCCCUUCUCUCUCCUUUUCCCCUUCUCCCCUUUCUCUUCCCCUUCUCCCCUUUCUCUUCCCCUUCUCCCCUUUCUCUUCCCCUUCUCCCUUUCUCUUCCCCUUCUCCCCUUUCUCUUCCCCCUCUCCCCUCUCCCCUUCCCCUUCCCCCUCUUCUCGUCCCCUUCCCCCUCUGCCUUUUUCCCUUCCCCCUCUCCCCGUUCCCUUCCGUCUCUCUCCCCCCCUCCCUCCCCCUCCCUCCCCCUCCCUCCCCCCCACUCCCUCCCCCCAUGGCAGGGGAGUACGCCAUUACAUCAGACGAGGCGCUCAGCCUGGCGGAGUUUCCCAAGCGCGUGCAGCUCAGCCCAAGCCCAUAUGUGUCUGCCCUCUCCUCUCACCCAACCCCUCCCACUUUUCCUUCUCCCGUCUUCCCUUCCUUGCUCCCAUUUCUCCCCUUGCCUCCUCCCCUUUCCCCCGUUUCCCCCCUCCCCGCCCCUCCCUCCCCCCUGAUCCCCUACCCCCUCCCCUUGUUACGCCCUCCCCUUUUUUCCUGUGCAGCUACAUCGCAGUGGAGUUUGCAGGCAUCUUCCACGGCAUGAGUCCCCCAUUGCGCUUUUGGUCUCCCCUCCCCCUUACACUGCACUUGCCCGCCCCCACUCCCCCCUCUUUCUCCCCCCGCAGCAACAUAGCAGUGGAGUUCGCAGGCAUCUCCCACGGCAUGGGCGCAAGUCUUCUAUUGAACCCCGUUUUUUCCCCUCCCCCCCACCCCCCCACUUCUUGCACCCCACCCCGCAGCUACAUCGCAGUGGAGUUCGCAGGUAUCUUCCAUGGCAUGGGCGCUGAUGUGCACCUCGUGUACCGCCAGCCCACGCCCCUGCGGUAUGUGUGUUGUGUGCUGCCACGCCCCUGCGGUAUGUGUGUUGUGUGCUGCCACGCCCCUGCGUUGUAUGUACCCCACCACGCCCCUGAGAUCGAGAAGACAGCAUCAGGCACGUAUGUGCUGCACACGGAUAAGGGAGAGGCUCUUGAAGCGGAUGUGGUCAUGUUCGCCACUGGUCGUGCGCCCAGCACGCACAACCUGGGCCUCGAGAAUGCGGGAGUGGAGACGGAUAGCAUUGGGGCCAUCAAGGUGAGCGCAUGGUCGCAGACCAACGUGCCGAGCGUGUGGGCUGUGGGGGACGUCACCAACCGCAUCAACCUCACUCCCGUCGCUCUCAUGGAGGGGCACUGCUUUGCGCGCACCGUCUUUGGCAACGACCCCGACACGCCCGACUUUGAGAAUGUCGCCUCGGCUGUCUUCUGUCCCCUGCCCUUUCCCGUUCUCCCGAGCAGCCACCCGCGCCUGGCAGUAGUGGACAUGAGAGGGAAGCAGGCUGUGGAGAGGGAGGGGGGAAGCAUCUCUCCUCAUCUGGUGGGCCUGACGGAGAAGCAGGCGGUGGAGAGCUCAAGCAGUGAUGUGCUCGUGUUCACGUCGUCCUUCAACCCCAUGAAGAACACCAUCUCAGGCCGCGUGGAGAAGACGUACAUGAAGCUGCUGGUGGACUCGGAGACGGACCGCGUGCUCGGUGCCUCCAUGUGCGGCCCCGACGCAGCUGAGAUCAUGCAGGUGAGCGCAAUGCUGGUGAGAGGCAUGCAGGUGAGAGGGAUUCAGGGUCUUGGGGUUGCAAUGAAGUGCAACGUUACCAAGAAGCAGGUUGACUCCACGGUGGGGAUACACCCAACAGCUGCGGAGGAGUUUGUCACCAUGCGGACACCAACACGCCGUCUGCCUGGGAUGAAGAAGAAAGAGUAG